AUGAAUGAUAAUGUUAUAGGAGAAUAUGAAUAACUUGAAUUUGAUAGUGAAUCUCAUGAUUCAAAAUUGAUACCUCAACCACAUCAAUAUGUAGAAGAAAAUUUAGAAGACAUAAUAAAAUAAUAACCUAUAUUUUUUGAAUAAGAAAUUCAAUCUGGAAAUUUUAAUUUGUUAAUAUUACAUACACCUGAAAAUUUAGAUGAAUUAGAUUCAACAGGAUAUGCAUUAAUUCAUCAUGCAAUUUCAUUUGAAAGAAUGGAUAUUAUUAAAUACUUACUUUUGAAAGGUGCAAAUCCUUCAAAUAAAUCAUAAAUUGAAUAAAGUUGUUUAAUGAUGGCUUGUCAUUUUGGAAACUAAGAAUUGGUUAAACUUUUUAUAGAAUUAGGAAAUAAGAUUAAUGAAAUUGAUAAUUUAUAAUUUACUCCUUUGCUUUAUGCAAUAAAAUGUAACUAAUAAUUAAUUGCACUCUAUUUAAUUGCUCUAUAAGCUAAUACAGAUGUAAAAGAUAAUGCUGGAUGUACUAUUAUGCAUUGGGCUGCUUAUACAAAUGAUGUCUAUAUGUUAAAAUAUUUUGAAGGUGAUAAAACAUAUAAUUAAUUGGAUUCUAAAGGUAAAACUCCAUUAAUGAGAGCUAUUUCAAAUUAUUCAAAUGAUGCAGUUGAAUAUUUAAUUAGGACAUAUCCAGAUAUUAUGCCAAAUAAAGAAAUGGAUUUAAAAACUUAAGCAAUAAAAAAAAUAGUAGAAAAUGUGAAAUACUAAGAAUUUAUAAAAUAACAUAAUACAAGAUUAGUAUAAUAUAUAACAAUGGGUAUAAUUUAUUUAAUAAUUGGAAUUCUUGUUGGAUGUAAUUUUUGGAGAUUAAAAAAUGAUGAUAUUUAUGGAUAUAGUAUUUCUUUAAUAUCCUUAAUUUUAACACUUUACAGUUUAUUUUAUUGCAUAAUAUUUUUAUCUAAAACUACUAAUAGACAAGAUGAAGGCAAAAAAAUAUCUAAAAGUUUAGGACAUCCUAAAAUAAGUUAUGAAUGUCAUCAUAAAAAUGAUGGUUAACAUAGACAUCAUAUAUUAGAAGAAGAAAUAAAUAUAGAUGAAAUUUAAGAUGAUUUAGAAAAUAAUAAUUAAUAAAAUCAAUCAGAAUUGUUGAGAGCAGUAAAAUUACAUUUUGAAAAAGAUGAAUAAUUUAUUAAUUUUGAUAUAUCUAGAACUUGUCCUAAAUGUAAAAUCAUUUAAAAAGCAUAAGUGUAUCAUUGUGAUCAUUGUAAUUAAUGUGUAAAAUAUAAUCUCAUUUAUUUAGGUAAAAGGAUUUCAAUUUCAUUCAAUCUAUUUGAAUAAAUGCAUAAAUAAUACAAAUCAUUUUUUUUAUGUCAUUUUAUUAUUAUCAUACUUUAUAACCUUUAUAACUAAUGUUUAUGCAACAUUUUAUACAUUAUCUGAUAAUCAAAUCAGUAUAACUUUAUUAUAUUUCUUACCUGUGUUUUCAAAUAUUAGUACUAUAGAAUUACUAGCAUAUUAUGGGAUGAUAUUUGGUAUAUAUAUUAUAUCAAUCAAUUUAAUAUUAUAGGUAAUACUUAUUAAAAUAUUUAGAUUGUAUGUGUUUUUUGUAAUAUGACUGAACAUGAAUUAAUGAACACUGAAUAAUAUAAAUAUCUUUAUGAACUUGUACUAAUUAAUGAAUUUUAUUUCAUGAAACUAAGAAAAAUUGGUGAUAUAUUUGAAAAUGUAAAAUCUUACAUUUGGAAUCAAUAUAAUGAAUUAAGAAUCUUGUGA